UCGCUCUUGAGCAGCGCUUAUCCUUCCUGGCCAAAGGAGCGAAGAAAAGGGGGAAAAUCUGAAUAGAGGGGCGACCGCUGCUCGCCGGGAAUGAUAGCCUGAGCUAAGUCACGGCUUGGCGUCCGCGUAGCUGCUGCUUCUCCCGUAAACGAGGAGGAAAGCCGUAGGAGACUUGUCGGCGCGCGCACGCGCGCCCAAUUAUCCCACGGGUGCGAGCGAGAGAGAGAGGGCGAGGCACGCACACUUUUCCUGAGCGCACACCGGGUUUACGUUUACCCUGUCGUCGUCGUGUGCUGUGAGAGCGAGCAGCGUCGGUGGGCGUAAAAUGGCGGACGGUGACAUUGAUCUCUACGCCGACGAUCUCGAACAGGAUUUUGCGCAGGUACAAGGUGAAUUUGCUGGAGAUGGCGUUGAUUUAUACGAUGAUGUAAUUGCAGCCGCACCUGGCAAUAAUGAGCGCGGUACCUCAGAAAGUAGCGAGCGAGGGGAUAGAGAUAGGGAAACUUCGAACGAAGAGACUAAUGGUAAUGCCCCCUAUCACCAGCUUGGGAAUAAUAUACAGCCAAAUCAAAUUGGUAGAAGACAUCAACUUUACGUCGGCAACUUGACUUGGUGGACGAGCGAUCAAGAUAUAGCCGAUGCUGUUGGAAAUGUUGGUGUACCAGAUUUUAUUGAAGUCAAGUUUUUCGAAAAUCGUGCCAACGGUAGAUCGAAAGGCUUUUGUGUCAUCUCGUUAGGAUCUGAACAAAGCAUGAGAAUAUGUAUGGAAAGAUUACCCAAAAAAGAACUUCAUGGACAGAAUCCAGUUGUAACAUAUCCGAGUAAACAGGCGCUUAACCAGUUUGAAUCACAAUGCAAAUCACGACCAACGCCUUCUCCGCAACAAAGUCAAAGUCAAAGACCACACAAUUCGCAUCAGCAUCAACAGUCGAUGCCAUCUCAUCAACAUCCUCCACACUCUCAACAUCCACAGCACUCUCAACAGAAUCAUGGCCCAAGAAUGAUGAUGGGUCCUCCUCAAGGACAAAUGCGACCUGGUCAAAGACUUCCACCCGGAGGAGGGCCACCAGGUAUGGGACCCGGACCAGGAGGACCACCUCAACAGGGUCCUCCACGCAUGCAUGGUUCGCCUAUGGGUCCAGGACCAGGUUCUCAUCAUCCGCUUCAGGGGCAUCCUAAUCAAGGUCCUCCUCCACCUGGCUAUGGCCAACAAGGGCCAUGGAAUGGGCCUAGACCUAACGGGCCACCAGGACCGCCACGAGGACCAUCAGGACCCGGAGGACCCCCACCACCACAGCAAGGACCUCCCGGACCUGGCCCUGGUCAAGGCAGACCACCUGGGAUGCAAUACGGGCCUCAUGGAGGACCUCCCGGGCCACCUGGUCAAGGUAUACCGCGUGGGCCACCGGGUCAUCCGGGUGGACCACCCGGAGGUGAUCCUCGGGGAGCUCCACCACGCCCUGAAUGGAAUCGUCCACCAGGAAUGUUGCCAGGCCCGGGAGGACCACCGCCGGGUCACGGAGGUCCUCCGCAAGGACCGCCUCAGGGACCUCCUGGCGGACCCGCUCCUCACGUGAAUCCCGCAUUCUUUCCACAAGGUCCCCCACACCAGCAUCCCGGACAACAUCCGGGGGGCCCGCCACCCGGACCCCCUGGGCCGCCUCACGGGCCGCCUCACGGUCCCCACGGCCCACCCCACGGGCCACCCCACGGACAGCCCCACGGGCCGCCCCAUGGGCCACCCCACGCUCCUCCACACGGAUACGGACCACCAGCUGCACAGCCACCCUACGGAGGCCCAGGACCUGACCAUCGCGCAGAUGGGCCACCGCCACUUUCAGAACAGGAAAUCGAAGAAAUAAUGGGUCGCAACAGAACCGUUUCCUCAUCGGCCAUUGCACGCGCGGUAUCCGAUGCAGCUGCAGGCGAAUACGCAAGUGCUAUUGAAACUUUGGUGACUGCGAUAUCUUUGAUAAAGCAGUCCAAAGUGGCAGCUGACGAUCGUUGUAAAAUAUUGAUCAGUUCUCUCCAGGAUACAUUGAGGGGUGUGGAAACAAAAAGCUAUGGCUCUGGACGCAGAGAGCGAUCCCGGUCGCGGGACAGAGACCGCAGCCACAGGAGGCGACGCGAGAGGUCGAGGAGCCGUGACCGCGAGUAUCGCGAGAGGAGCCGCGAGCGUGACAGAGACCGGGACAGAGAGCGUGACCGUGAGCGCGACAGAGAUCGCGACCGCGAGCGCGAGCGCUACUACAGCGAGCCGUACGCGAGGGAGCGAUCGCGCAGCAGGGAGCGCGACAGGGAGCGAGACCGCGAGUACCGGGAACGGAGCAGAGAAGAAAGUACAACACGUCAGUCCACCAGGCCAAGAGUAAAGGAAGAGCCGCCCGAAGCGGCACCUGUCUCAUCUUCCAAGACAUCUAGGUAUUAUGACGAACGCUACAGAGAACGUGAACGCGAGAGAGAACGAGAUGGAACGAGUCGAAGACCAGCGGAACGAGAAAGAGAACCGGAGCGUGAACGAGAACGGGAGAGGGAUCGUCGCGACGAAAGGGCCGACUCGUCUCAUCGUUCCCGACACUGAACUGCCAUCCCAACGUCGACAUAGACAACACAUUGACAAGCAAGCAACAACAAUAAAGAAGAAAAUAUAAAACUAAACAAAACAAAACUUAAUUAAAAGACAGAAAGCUCUAAGCAAGUGACUUUCGAUGUACUCCAAUCAAUUAAAGAAUAUUAUACAACAACCAAAGGAAGAAAUAA